UAACGAACCCCAACCAACCAACCAACAAAAAAUCAUUUCUUAAUUUCAAUGCGCUUCUCUUCCUCUUCCUCUCCAUCUCCAUGCCAUACCCGAUCCUCCGAUAUGUUUGCCCAGAAAACCUCUCCUUUUCUUCAAAUAUUUCAUUUCCACCCCUUCUAUUUCCGCAAUACAUCUCAUAAUUCCUACAAAUUCCGCUGCCUUCUCCACCAGAUUGUCCCCAAAUUCGCUGUCUCCUCCUCCCUCUCCUCCGUAUUCACCUCCGGUAACAUCAUCGCCGCCGCCGCUGCCGCCUCCUCCGGUUCCGGCUCCCUCCAUGGCGCUGUUACGUCUGCGAUUACGCAGGUCGCUGUCACCGCCGUCGCUAUUGCCUCUGGUGCUUGCCUUUCCACUAAGGUUGAUUUUUUAUGGCCUAAAGUGGACGAACAACCAGGUUCUUUUAUUGUGGAUGGAGUCGAUGUGACUGGGUAUCCUAUAUUUAGCGAUUCAAAGGUGCAAAAGGCUAUUACUUUUGCUAAAAAGGCUCACCAUGGGCAAUUUCGGAAAACAGGAGACCCUUAUUUGACUCAUUGUAUCCACACAGGAAGAAUCCUAGCAAUGCUGGUUCCUUCAACUGGCAAAAGGGCUGUUGAUACGGUUGUGGCUGGGAUUCUUCAUGAUGUGGUGGAUGAUACAUAUCAAAGUUUAAAUAGUAUAGAAGAAGAGUUUGGCGAAGAUGUGGCAAAAUUGGUAGCUGGUGUUUCCAGAUUAAGUUAUAUAAAUCAGCUGCUACGGAGACAUCGCAGGAUAAAUGUGAACCAGAGUACCCUUGGUCAGGAAGAGGCAAAUAAUUUACGAGUUAUGCUGUUGGGCAUGGUUGACGAUCCACGAGUGGUGCUCAUCAAGCUUGCAGACCGUCUUCACAACAUGAGGACCAUUUAUGCUCUGCCACCACUGAAGGCUCAAGCUGUUGCACAGGAGACCUUACUUAUUUGGUGCUCACUUGCUUCCAGAUUGGGUUUGUGGGCAUUGAAAGCUGAACUAGAAGAUUUAUGCUUUGCAGUUCUUCAGCCUCAAUUGUUUCGGAAGAUGCGGGCCGAUCUGGCUUCCAUGUGGAGCUCUAGCAGCAGAGCUGGAUGUCCAAGAAGAACAUCUAACAAAUCUGGCUCGCCACCUUUGGAUGAGAAAAAUUUGACUUCUGAUAAUGAAGAUUCUUUGGGUUUCAAUGAAGAUAUCUCAAGAAUGAAGGAUCUUUUGGAGGCAGUAAUACCUUUUGAUAUAUUGUUGGAUCGGAAAAGAGGGGCCAUAUUUCUUAACAAUCUUGGAAAAACAUCAGAGACUCAAAAAAGACCAAAGGUUGUUCAAGAUGCAGGAAUUGCUCUAGCAUCUCUUAUUGCUUGUGAGGAAGCACUUGAGAGGGAGCUAUUUAUAUCUACUUCUUAUGUUCCAGGGAUGGAAGUGACGUUAUCUAGUCGACUAAAAAGCUUGUUUAGUAUCUACAGUAAGAUGAAGCGGAAAGAUGUUGGCAUCGAUAAAGUAUAUGAUGCUCGUGCACUGAGGGUAGUUGUAGGAGACAAGAAUGGAACUUUAAAUGGACCAGCAAUUCAGUGUUGUUACAGUCUUCUUGACAUACUGCAUAGGCUGUGGACCCCCAUUGAUGGUGAAUUUGAUGAUUACAUUGUUAACCCAAAACCCAGUGGAUAUCAGUCUCUGCACACAGCAGUAAAAGGUCCCGAUUGUGCACCUUUGGAAGUUCAGAUAAGAACACAGAAAAUGCACGAGUAUGCUGAGCACGGACUUGCAGCACAUUGGCUUUAUAAAGAAACUGGAAACAGGUUGCCUUCUGUAAAUACUUUGGAUGACUCUGAAACUGAAGCAUCUUCCUUUCUCUCCAAAGAAAUUGAGGAUCAUAAUUCCAUAGAAGAUGAUCAGUUUCAGAAAUACAGAUCCCUGAAAGUGGGUCAUCCAGUCCUUAGAGUUGAAGGAAGUCAGUUACUUGCUGCUGUUAUAAUCAGAGUAGAUAAGGAUGGAAGAGAAUUGCUAGUUGCUGUGAGUUUUGGACUGGCGGCUUCUGAAGCAGUAGCUGACAGAAGAUCUUCUUUCCAAAUAAAGCGGUGGGAAGCUUAUGCAAGAUUGUACAAAAAGGUCUCAGAUGAGUGGUGGUUUGAGCCAGGACAUGGGGACUGGUGUACUUGCCUUGAGAGGUAUACGCUUUGUCGAGAUGGUAUGUACCAUAAGCAAGAUCAAUUUGAGCGCCUGUUACCAACCUUCAUUCAGGUUAUUGACUUGACAAAGCAAGAAGAAUCUGAAUAUUGGGCAGUUGUAGCUGCUGUUUUUGAGGGCAAACCUGUUGAUUCUGUUGAAUCCAGGCCAACCUUAGUUUCUGUUGCUUCCAAUUCUAUUGAGGCUAGCAUCAACAAUAAGAUCCGACUAUUGAGGACAAUGCUUCGAUGGGAAGAGCAGCUACGCUCUGAAGCAAGUCUUGGACAACCGAAGUACGUUAGAAAGUGGCACUGUAAUGCAGAUUCUAUUGUUCUUGGUGAAGUGGUAAUCAUUUGUUGGCCCCAUGGUGAGAUAAUGAGAUUAAGGACUGGUAGCACUGCUGCAGAUGCUGCUAGAAGAGUAGGACUCGAAGGCAAGCUGGUUUUGGUGAAUGGUCAGCUUGUAUUACCAAAUACUGAGCUCAAAGACGGCGAUGUGGUUGAAGUCAGAGUGUAAAUAUACUCCUCCAAGCUUAACUGAUUAGUGUAGAUAGCAUCGUACAACAGAAUCCAUUGCCAUUCUAAUUAUCACAUCAUUUGACAUGCAUAGUUCAAUUGAAGUAGUUAGGCUACCAUUCAAUUUUAUCAUGUAAAUGGGCUUUGAAUGUUUCAUCGCUGUAAAUAUUGGUAAAUUUUAUAGCAGUAAUAGAAGAAAAUUUUGGAAA